UGACCAUGCUGCCACCCCGAUGAAUUCCGUCCAGUUUAGUUUAAAAUGCAGAAGAUCUCUAAAACAGUAGUUAUUUCGUGUCGUGUGCUUCGGCACCACAUGAAAAGUGGAGCGACAGCAUAUAAACAUGGCCGUGCCUUCAGUAUGGCUUCGGUGAAAUGCUAUUAUGAAACUGCAAAGUCUGCAGACUGCAGGUCGCCGGCAGCUGUCCGUACGAUUGACCUCCGCAGCGACACUGUCACCAAACCGGGACCGGUAAUGCGCCGAGCCAUGGCGGAGGCCGAAGUUGGCGACGAUGUGUUCGGCGAAGAUCCCUCUGUCAAUGAGCUUCAGAAAAUGGCAGCUGAUAUUUUUGGCAUGGAAGCAGCCCUGUAUGUCCCCACAGGAACGAUGAGUAAUCUAAUUGCAGUCAUGGUGCACUGUCGGGAGAGAGGAGACGAAAUGAUCGUAGGAGAUUUGUCUCACCUGCAUGUCUACGAGCAGGGGGGGAGUGCACAGUUAGCUGGGGUCCACUCCACGACAGUGAGUAAUUUGGCGGACGGAACAUUUGACCUGGAGCAGCUGGAGUCCAAAAUCCGGCAUGGCUACCCAGAUCCGCAUUAUCCGCGCUCACGUCUCGUCUGUGUGGAAAACACUCACAACAUCCAAGGAGGACGUGUUCUGCCCUUGUCUUUCUUAAGGGAGCUGCGUUUCCUGGCAGAGAAGUACGGCCUGAUGGUGCAUAUGGAUGGCGCGAGAGUGAUGAAUGCGGCCGCGGCGCUUGGAGUCCAGCCGUCCGCCAUCCUAGAGCACUGCCACACAGUCAGCGUGUGUCUGUCCAAGGGAUUGGGGGCACCGGUUGGCACAAUUCUUGGAGGACCCAAAGACUUCAUCCAGAGAGCAGUCCGUGCCCGCAAAGCCCUUGGCGGGGGCAUGCGCCAGUCAGGUAUCCUGGCAGCGGCGGGUAAAAUCGCUCUGUCCGACAUGAUUGGCAGAUUGGAGGAAGACCACAGAAAUGCCAGGACCUUUGCCGAAGCUCUGCUGCAGUGUGACCCGCCGCUGUACCAGGUGGACCUGGCCACGGUGGAAACAAACAUCCUUCGGUUCCGUGUGUGCGACUCCUGGCUGAGUCCGGCCGAGUUCUGCCGUCGCAUGGCCACGGUGGGUGAGGGGGAGGAGAAGGCGUUGGGGCAAGGUGUUCAGGUUCUGAUGUUCCCUCACGUUGGAGGCUCGGUGAGAGCUGUGUGGCACCUGGGCAUCACAGAGGACGACACUCAGCUGGCGAUUCAGAAAGCCCGCUCUGUGGCCCAGCAGUUUGCUCAGCAGAGAGCACGGUCCCAGUAAACCCGAACGGCACAUUCCAGUCGACGACCCAGUGGAAGCUAACAGCCCAGACGUGAAGCUCUAACUCUAUUUGGACUCUGCUGAGACUACCGGCCGAAGCACAGUCUCAACAGAGGCCUUCAUCCUCACAGUGCAUAACUGUGUUUUAAUUCUGUUGUGAAAGAUGCUGUAGAUUUCCGUUUGACUUUCACUUGAGCGUCUUGAUUUUUUUUUUCUUUGGCAUUUCUAACACAGAUUUUCUAAGAUUCAUUCAGAAAUAUGCAAUCGUAGAGUAAAGAGUAAAAGAAGUGUAGACCGCUUUAUGUGGGCAAUACACUCUCACAUAUGCCCCCCCUCCCCCUCCUCAAAAAAACAGAGCAAGAUAAAACGGUUACAUAAGUGUGAAUGUGUGAACAUUACAGACUGAACUGACGAGAACUUGAGAGGACACAAGCGUUCAGUGCACCCAUGCCAGAAAACCGCAAUGCUGUCAAGUGAUUACGAUACUAAAAGUGAUUCGUGAAAUAA